AUGGCCGCGUCGUCCGUCUUCCUCGCCGUCCUCCUCGUCGCCCUCCAGCUCCUCCAUGUGGCCCACGGCGAGAUCAAGACGACGCCGAUCGCGUCGGACUCGCGGCCGGUGAUUCUGUUCGAGGAGUUCGGCUUCAAGCCCGGCGGCGUCGCGGAGGUGUCCGUGUCCGAUGUGUCAUGGAGCGUCCCCGAGGGCUCCCAGCUCCAGGCCGUGGACCCGGGGCUCAUGGGCUUCAUGCUCAUCUCCAACACACUCUUCUUCAAGAUCACCAACGAGUCCGAGUACGCCGAGGAGACCGGCGCCGCCUUCUGCCCGCUCACCAGCGAGUACGUGAUGCCGCUCUUCCGGCUCAAGGACGUCGGGCCCGACGGCAAAGGCAAGGGCACCGUGACCAUCCCCGCGGCCGACCAGUACACGGUGCUUUUCAGCAGCUGCCAGGACGGCGUGGAGGUCACCAUGGACGUGCGCACCGAGAUGUACAACCUCGUAGGCGGCAACGGGAGGGACUACCUGCCCGUCGGCCUGCUCCCGCUGCCGGGGAUCUUCGCCGUGGCGUCCGCCGUCUACUUCGCGUUCCUGGCGGCGUGGUUGUUCGUCUGCGUCAGGCAGCGCGCCACGGCGGAGCGGAUCCACGCCGUGAUGGGCGCGCUUCUGCUGUUCAAGGCUCUCAAGCUGGCGUGCGCCGCCGAGGACUCGUGGUAUGUGGAGCGCACCGGCACGGCGCAUGGCUGGGACGUCGCCUUCUACGUCUUCGGCUUCUUCAAGGGCAUCCUCCUCUUCACCGUCAUCGUGCUCAUCGGCACCGGCUGGUCCUUCCUAAAGCCAUACCUCCAGGAUCGUGAGAGGAACGUGCUGAUGAUCAUCAUACCGCUGCAAGUGAUCGAGAACAUCGCGUCGGCGAUGAUCGGGGAGACGGGGCCGGCAGGGCGGGACUGGCUGGCGUGGAACCAGAUCUUCCUGCUGGUGGACGUCGUCUGCUGCUGCGCCGUUUUCUUCCCCAUCAUCUGGUCUAUCCGCAACCUGCGGGAGGCGUCCAAGACGGACGGCAAGGCGGCAAGGAACCUCAAGAAGCUCACCCUCUUCAAGCAGUUCUACCUCGUCGUCGUCGGCUACCUCUACUUCACCCGGAUCGCCGUUUCGGCCUUCGCCGCCGUCCUCAGCUACAGGUACCAGUGGGUCGUCAACGUCUCCGUCGAGAUGGCCAGCCUGGCCUUCUACGUGUUUGUCUUCUAUAACUUUCAGCCGGUGGAACGGAACCCGUAUCUAUACGUUGCCGACGAGGAAGAGGAGGCUGCCGGGGGGCAGCUUGAGUUGGAGGGCACAUUUGAGAUCUGA